CACCCAGCAGCAGCUGACCGAGCCCGGGCACAGCCUGCCUCACAACCCUCGGGAGCUACCAUGGGCCCAGAGGAGGCCGGACACCGCGGCGGUGACAGCGACAAGAGCGGCGGCGGCCGCGAACCCGGAGACUCCCAGCUGCCUCCCUGACGGGCGCCAAGCCCCCGCCGCCGCUCCAGAGAGGGACCCGGCCAGCCAGCCUAGGCCCGCGGACCAUGGCAGGCGAGGGAUGGACAGCGCACGUCACACCCAGGGCCCCGCUACGACAAGGGAGGCGCCCGCUCGCUCCUCAAGAUGGCGGCGGAAGGGACGCGCUCGCGUACGGAAGCCCCUCGGGUCGGCGCAGGCGCCGGAGGGAAGUGAGGUUCUCCGAGCUCCCGCCCCAAGUGUACGGCGACUUCGAGCCGCUUGCUUCCGGGGGAAGUGCCCGGGUGGAAAAGCGAGCCCACACACAAGAGUUCUGCCCUGUGCGCGGGAAAGAGGAAGUGGAGGAGAGAAGAGCCUAUUACCUUAGGUCUCGGCCACCCGCUCACUUCUCGGGCCUGGGACCUGUUGAGAUGAAUACUAGGAGAACGACCCGGCUCCAGCAGGAGGAGGCUCAGCCACCGCCGCAGCCCUCGCCGGCCACUACCAGGAGAGGGCUGUGGGACCUGCAGUCCUCGGAAGAGGAUGAACCAUCUUCUCAAACCAUCAUAAGCCAGACAGUCUCAAAGAAAUCAGUCAGAAGAGUACAAGGGAUAACAGUAGCUAAUGAGGAAUCUGCAAUUCUAGCUGACCUUCGUAGACCACCUAUAAGGAGUUCAGGAUCUGAUUACUCCUCAUUUGGGACAAAUGGAAAUACUAAAAUGAAGGAAACAGGAGUCACUAGAAUGCAGAAGGUUGAUUUUUCUGAAGAAGGGGAAACUGAAGAAGAGGAGGCAGAACACCACAACAUCUCUGACUGUGAUGUGAAUCCUCCCAGCCACAGUGAUGAGGAUUCUACUAAGUCAAGAGGCCAAGAAAUAAAACUUCCCAAUAAGCAAUCACCCUCACUAUCCUUCCAGGCUCCAAUAAAAUCUCAGGAAUUGCCUGGACAAAAUGUAAGACUACGGACAAAAUCACCAACAUCUACAGUAGGCAAGAACUUGAUUCAUGAUCAUUUUUCAGAUGAUGAUAACUUCCGUAAAUCAGACCUUAGAAACAAAUCGUUGUUAUCUGUCAACCAAGAUCAGUCCAAAAAGAAGUCUUCUGUCAAAGUGUGGCUGCUAGCAAUGUUAGUAAUUCUUAUUGCCCCCAGUUUUGUCUACAUAAAUUGGACUUCAACCACAAGUGUAGAAACUACUGCUGUGCAGAAAUUCCAGAACCAGAUGAAAAAACUUAGGAAUAAGUAUCAAAGUCAGGAUGAAAAGUUAUGGAAAAGGAGCCAGACAUUCCUGGAGAAACACCUAAACAGCUCCCACCCUCGGCCUCAGCCUGCCGUCUUGUUGCUGACCGCUGCCCAGGAUGCUGAAGAAACACUCAGGUGUCUGAGUGAACAGAUUGCAGACGCCUACUCCUCCUUCUAUAGGGUUCGUGCAAUCCGAAUUAAUGGGACUGGCAGAUCUACCCAAGACAGUGACAUUGUCAAGCUGGAAGUAGAUCAGAAACUGAACGAGGGGUUCAGGAAUGGCCAGAAUGCAGCUGUGGUUCAUCGUUUUGAAUCCCUUCCCGCAGGCUCCACUCUCAUCUUCUACAAAUACUGCGAUCAUGAAACUGCUGCCUUCAAAGAUGUGGCCCUGAUUCUUACAGUCCUACUGGAAGAAGAGACACUGGGAACUGAUUUAGGCCUAAAGGAGGUUGAAGAGAAAGUGAGGGAUUUCCUCAAGGCCAAGUUUACCACUUCUGUCACCCCUAACUCCUAUAAUCACAUGGAUUUAGACAAACUAAGUGGACUGUGGAGCCGUAUCUCCCACCUGGUAUUACCUGUCCAGCCUGAAAAUUCCCUGAAAAGUGGGGUGUGCUUAUAACUGUGGGAGAAAAGGAAAUAUGCUUCACAUCCCAAGAACUUCUCAAGCCCUCUGACCAGUAAUAAGAAUCAGAGCUCUUUUUGCAAGAGCUAUUUUCUUUUUAAAGGAAAUUAAAGUUCUGUUGUAAACAUAGGACAUAGUGAAUGCAAAGCAUUGUAAAUGCUUUUAAUUUCUUAGUCAUCUUAAUAUCAUCUGUGAUCCCGAAGAGGAUCUUUUUCUUUGUUUACAUGCAGAACAAUGAAGAGUUAACUUAGAGUUGCAAUUUGUUUGCAGGUUCCACAGAGUUCUCUUUGAGAACCUGGGGCAGAAUCAUUAUAGGCUUGGUCUGAUUAAUUGAUAGACUCCUUUCCCAUCAACUUUUCUCAUUUUUUAGUUUAGCUAUUUUCUUCCAAAGCUUUCCCUGCCACUGUUCCUGCUCCUGCCCCUGCCCCUGUCCCUGCCCUCCCCACACCCCACCCUGAUGCUUGUUCACUGGCCUCAUGGGAUGGCAGCUCCUCACAAACAGCUAGGGGCUUUUCUGUUCCCUUUCCUUUAGCACAUUUUAGGUGUGGAUUUACCCUCUUAACUAUUUCUUAGAAUAACAGAAGCACUGAAAGUUUUCAAGGUUGGGGAAAUGGGGCGGGGGGGAGGGGGUGGAAUCUUGCACAAAAUUAAAUUUUAACAAUAAGCCAUUGAGACUUGGAUGAUUGAGGUGUUCAUAACAUCCUUAUCAUCUCAGUUAAUAAUUCAGUCUUUCCUUUUUAGUAGGGCCAUCUCAAAGUAUUCUUCUCAUAAGAAAUUUCUGAUCCUGCAAUAAGAUUUGGAAGGCAAUGUGUAUCAUGAGACCUAAGUUCAAUCAUCCUACCUCUUGAAGGGUGGGCAAAAUCUGGGUAGUUUAUUCUGAACAUAUAUGUUAAAGCUUUUGAUUUUAAUAAAAAUCUAAAAUUGCAGGACCAGUAAAUAAUAUUAACUUCUCUGUCUGUAUAUAUGUUUUAUUCUGAGUCAUUUAAUGAAACUCUGUGAAGAAUAUGAAGAUUUACUAUGCAUAUAAGUUUAUUUUGAGUGCUUCAUGCCAAAAAGAAAAUAAAGUACCACAGAUGAAGAAUUUUUAAAUGUGUAUUUAGUGUACUUACAUAUUUCAGUUUUAACUUUCAAUCUGUAAUUUAUAGUAUUCUUGUCUCUUAAGUUGCUAUAUAGUUUUCUUUGAUUCUUAUAAUUAUGGAGUGACCUGGGGUUUGGUUUUUUUGUUUGUGAAACUUGGAAAACCUUUAUUCUCAUCUUCUUUCAGAGUGUUAUUAGAACUAGACAUUGGUUUCAUAUUUGCCUUUGAAUGACCUAUAUUUGAUAGUAAAUGGAUAGGUGGUUUAAUUCUUAUUUGGUGAGGCCACCCACAUUCAUAAAUCACAUCCCUAUUAAAAAGUUUUCUGACAAUCUAGAGUCAUAUUAUUUGAAUUAUUUUCCAAAAAAAAAAAUUCCCAAACAGGAAAUGAUAGAAACAUUGUCAUUUUAUACAUACAAAAAGUAUUGGGUGGGGAGAUAAAUGUUUUUAUUAAAUAUUUUGCUGACCAAAUAAUUUUAAGUGAUUAAUAUGCUACUUAUUGUACUUUUUGGAAACAUUAAUUGUAGCAGCUGAUUUGUAAAUGACUUUCAAAACUAUUUUAGUAAUUUAAAUAAAUUUACUUUUUUGGUUUUUA